CUGGAACAACAAGAACCCAUCAAAAGGAGGAGCUGGAGGUUUUCACAGUAAUUCCUCGUCUGCCUCGGCCGGAGGAGACUCUUCUUCCAAAAACAUGAUUGGCGGAGGAGCCUCCUCAGGAGCAGGUGCUUUUGGAGGUAUCCAUGCCAGUGGAAAGCGGGGCAAUCUUCAUGUUUCUUCGCCAGGAAGUGGCAAAGAACGAGGUGGGCCACGAGGCAAGAACGGUGGAAGGAAAGACCGCAGUGGUAACUUCAACAAUCUCCACACCUCUGGAGGAGGUGGACCAUUUCGUGCGACAUCGCCACAAGCGUCUUCUAGCAGUCCAAACGCAUUUGGAGCUGCUAGUCCUUCUCAAAAGAUGGGGUGCUCGCCAUCCAGUGAAACGACGUGCACACCGGGAACAGUGUGGGAUGCUAAUGUCAACUCUGGUGGAGAUAAUGGACAUGGCAACACUUCUGGAGACGGUUGUAUGACUAACAGCAUGAGCGGAAACAACAUGGACAACAUCAAUACCAUGGGAACAAUCGCUACUAAUACGACAAAUAAUUGUUCGACAUCGUUGUUCAACAACAACCAAGGCAGCUUGCCUCUGAGUAACUUGCUGGGUGGUAAUCAAACGGAUUUCAUGGGCAGUAUGUUGUUCUCGAGUGCAACCGCGGGAAAUACAGCGAACAAUCUGGGUUUUGGAAACGCCACUACCCCAACAACAGCGGGUCUGUUACAUCCAACACAGAGUAUUCAGAGCAUUGCCGAGAUGUCCCCUUGGUCCAACUGCAAUUCCACUAUCUUCGCUGGCCAAUUGGCAGCUACGUCGACAAUCGGGGGAGCCAACAACACUUCAAAUGACAUCCUUGCCAGUCUUGCUCUUGUUGGAGGAGGGAACCAAAACAACAACUCUGGAUCCUCUCCAAUGAACAACGACUCCAACCCCAAUGUGCCGUCUUUUUUGGCACCUUCGCGACCGUCGCCUAGUGCUAGUACAUCUUCAGCUGUCAACAUUGACGCGACCACUAAUAACAACUUGUUUCAUUCUUCCAGUAUUGCUUCGUCCAUGGCUACAACUACUGCCAAUGUUAACGAAAAUUUGCUUGACCUCUUCCCGAUGCUGCAAAGGAAUCAGUCUGUCGUGGUAACUAAUGCUAAUGGUGCCAAUCCCAAUAUUACGAUUAAUACCCCGAUGCAUCAUCAAGAUCAACAACAGCAGCAACAGACUUCUUUUACGACGUCCCAACAGCAGGUGAGUGCUGCCGCUAACACUGUCACGACUACGUCUACUUCUCAGCAUCAUCAAGAUGAAGGUGCACUUGUGACGAGUCUGCUUCAACUUCAUACACCGUUGCCAGCAGGCGCAUUGGUGGAGCCUCAGGGGUCCUCACCGUUCUGCUCUACUGAAUCAAUUGCAGGCCUUGUUGCCACCAAUAGCAACACCGCUGCACAAGUUCCACAGACUACUAGUGGAGCAGCUAAUAUGUCUUCUAUGUCUAUGCCUAUGAGUAUGGUAGGUAGCUCAGGUGCAACGUCGAACUCUACUACUGUGGCCGCACCAUCUUCGCCAUUGGCAGACCAAGUGCCGCAACAACUACCCUCGCGUCAUCCGUCCCCGCCAUUCUUUCAUCCGGGAACGGCGAACACACCCUUGAGCUCCUUUCAACCAGCACCGAUGAGCAGCCUGACCUUGAGUGCUGUUCAAUUUACCAAAACAAGCACUACCUGUACCUCGAACGCCCCUCCUCAGCAAGAACCGAAGACAACGACGCAUGUAGCAACUUCUUCUUCUGCUGGGAAAGAACUACAAAGAGACAACUCCACCAAGCAAGUUUCAUCUGGCACUCAAGCUUCGACUGGUAAUCAACCUACAGCACCUGGUACAACUCCAUCUCAACCUAGCAAUCAAGCUGCGCCGCUGAGUUACUUGCAAGCUGCCCGGGAUGGCGCAAGGGCAAGCAGGAAGGAUGGUUCUUCUAGUGUCAGCGACAUGACACCGAAAGAACAUCUUCAAGGGAUCAUUCUUAGUAGCGACGCGACACCCACAGAACUACAAGGUCUGGCAAAUGGAACUGGGAGCAACGAGGUCAGCUCGGUUGCAGCGAAAGACGAAGAUGUUUUGGCCGGACCUGGAACUAUGCAGCUACACGGCUGUGCUGGUUCACAGGUUGAUGAGGAUUCGACUCGUUCUUCAUCCAACUCCAACCCAGCAAAAGAGGUAGAUCAGGUCAACGGCAAUGUUGGUGACUCGACAUCCUCCAGCACCAACUCAUGCACAAAUAAUUUGCCCACAUCUUGUUCUACGAGCUGCACUUCUAGAGGCGGUGUAGCUGUCGGUGUGGACUUUGAUACUCUGACAAGAAAUAUCAUGACCAAUACGGGUGUUACACCAACAGGAGGAGGUAAGCCUGCUUCGGUGCAGCCAGCCCUUCCAGCCGCCAUGAGUCCGUUGAUGCCAUCAGCGGCCUCCAACAGUUUCACUGGCGGAAGCCAAGGAAUGGUCGGGUCGUUAGGACCCUUGUUCAACCUCUCAGCCUCUUCCAACAAUGCCAAUGCGAGCAUGUCAUCUUCGAAUAUGCUGUUGUUAAACAACGCGAAUGUUGUUAACAACAGCACUGGUAUGUUGAACAACAAUAAUGUUCAAGUAGGACAACUUGGUGGGAGCACGAACAACAACAACAACAUCCUAGGAUCCUUGCUCGGAAAUAUGUCUUCUACAUCUACCAUGCAAUUGGGAAGCGGCAAUAACACCACUACUCUGGGUAAUCUCAGUAAUCUUGCCGGAGCAGCAGGAAGCGGCAACGAUACUCAAACGUCUAGUUUGAAUGUGCAGUUAAGUAUGAGCAGCAGUUUGUCGAGUACCGCUUCUUCCGUUACGAGCAGUGGAGGGCUCAAUAAUCUUGUCGGUGGCCUCAGCGUCAACAAUAACAACAGUACGAAUUCGUUGAUGAAUCUCUUUCACACGAAUAGUGUGAUCUCCAAUAGUGGCGCUACGACUACAAACAACAACUUUGGCGACAACAAUGCUCUCAAUAACACGCUGAACACCACUAACACGUUGAAUACGGGUGGUAUGAUGAACAGCCAGAGUAUGUUCAACAACGACUCAUGCGGCGGAAACAGCACAGUGGGAAACAGCAAUAAUAAUUUCAACAUGAUGAACAAUAGCGCGAUGAAUACCGGUUGUAGCAUGGGCAUGAGCAACAACAUGAGCAUGGGCAAUAACACGGAUAGCACUAAUAUGAACUUCAAUAUGAACCUGAAUAGUGGUAACAACAUGAUGCAGCAGCAGCACAACAACAUGGCCAGUUCAUUUGGCGCAACGGCCAGCACGACUACAGAUAACAACGCGAUGAUGAACAACGGGACAAUCAACACAAACAUGAACAUGAAUAACAACAGUAAUAACAUGAACAUGAACGCAACAAGUACUCUGGGC